AUGCGAUUCACCCAGGUCGCUUUCACUGCCACCUUAGCUGCCGCUGUCAUUGCAGCUCCGGUUCCUAAUGAGGACGUGGGUGUCAAUCUCGGCGGUGUUGUUAUCGUUGGCAAGCGCGAGCAGGCAGAGGAUGAUCUAGGUGUCGGGCUCGGUAUUGGUGCCAGUGUCACCAAGCAUGAACCCAUCGCUUCGGCGCUGGCGAACCUCGCCAGGUCCCCUGGUGUGACAGUGCCCGAUCUCGAGAAGGCACUGUAA